AUGGCCGGCACUCUACCUCCUCUAUUUGAGAUCUCGGGCGAUGACCAUGGCGGAUACAGUGCUGUCGCAGUCUAUACCUUGCUGGCAUUGACAAUUGUCAUUGUGUCCACCCGCCUUUCCACUCGAUGGUUUAUCGGCCGUGUCAUCCAUUCCGACGACAUAUUGUUAGCUAUUUCCUUGUUACUAGGAAUCAUACAGAGUAUUCUAGCUCAGCUUGCAAUAUCCAAUGGACUUGGCCGGCGGGUGUUGAAUCUAGGCGACCACCAGCUUGUGCGGUAUCUGAAGUACGAAUAUGCCGCCCAAAUUCUCCUCAUUGCGACAAUUGCGUUUAGUAAGCUUUCGCUGGGCCUAUUGUUUAAAACCUUGAUGACAUCGCGUCGUUCGUCCAUUGCGAACCACGCGCUGAUGGGGGUGAUUAUUGCAUGGGCCCUGGCUUCGAUUCUGGCAUUGGCGUUCCGAUGCUCCAUGCCAACCCCGUGGAGAUGGGACCAGCCAGGCCAAUGUAUCAACCAGGCCGUACUUUUCCAAGUCAUUGGGGCGUUAAACAUUGCCACAGAUAUCGCACUGGUGGCACUUCCGUGCACGUUGAUUCGUAAUGUGCAGUUGUCUCGAUGGAAACGGUUCAGAAUUAUGGCGUUGCUGGCCAGUAGAUUGCUGGUCUGUAUUGCGACUGGCCUUGGGGUUAAAUAUACCGUCAAAAUGUUGGAUUCGCCUGAUGUUACAUGGGCGAACACUAAUUCCACCAUUUGGGACCAAGUCAUGAUGAACCUUAGUAUCAUCACCACCGCCCUCCCAUCCCUCGGACGCCUCGUCAUGGAGCUCCAACCCAGCGUCUACGCAUUCACCAUCAAUGACGACAUAACGGAUCCACGCACACCGGGCGACAGAUACAAAUUCUCGUCUAUGGCCAAAUCAGUGGACCAAGGAUUAAAACCUGGGACUUCGGUUCAGGUGACAAGCGGAUGGCGGGAGUCACUUAAGGACGAUGGGGAAAGUACAGAGGGACUGGUCUCGGGUGCAGAUCAGCAAAAUGUGAUCCAGCAGACCAUUCAUUUUGAGGUACACUAA